AGGGAUUUCUGUUGCCUCACUGAUCGACUUUGAUGACUGUCGCCGGAAACUGCGAAGCUAGGUUACAUGCAACAUAAAUGGAUCGUCUCAGCCUUAUGUUUUAUAGGCCGGUCCGUUUUAUAAUUUGAUUGCUACUCGUUUCUUCAGCGCGCCAGUGCUCAAGAAAGCCUUCGGAGACUUUAAUAUGCUACGCGCUGGGCGCCAUUUCCCUCAGAAAAUAUCUUGUCUUCCUCUCUUCGCACCCAUUCCACACAUGCUUAUCCAAUACGUUCUUGUAUUGACUACCAUAGUUCUAUGCGUAAAUGCCCAUCAACCUGCGGAGUUAUUCGAUGCCUUUGAGGAAUUUAUUACCGGGCUGCUGCAGCCUUGGUCCGUAGCUGUUCCAGGAAACAGCUCGGCGCUGUCGCCAGACGUUGUUGGCCGAGUCAAUAUGAUGAUGACGUUGAACGGCAUCGAGAGCAAUACCGAAUUUCUCUAUGGCAUACCUGUGAAAGUCAUGCAAGGAAAUACAACCCAGAUAAUAGGCUAUCCCACCAACGCCACCGUUGAGUCCUUAUCAAUACAGCACUCUGUUGUAUCAGCCAGCGUCAUCUUCUCGAUGUAUCAUGCAGCAAUGUCGCUUAUGACACCGCUACAGGUCGACCUAUGGCUCUACUUUGACAAAGACUUGCAGAUAUCGGCCUAUGAUCUGACAAUCCGGAACUUCCCCAAGGCAUUUUCGUUUCUGGCAUCUGUUUUGUCUGAGCAGAUCUCUCGUGAGAUGUCUGUCGGUAAUUCAACCAACGCGGUGAGCUCGAGAAUGGCUGCGGACACCUGCACGGCCGCCACUGAGUACUGUACUGGUGGGAACCAACAGUACGACUCGUAUGGUUCCUGCUUCGAGACACUUUCACGAAACGUAACUAUGGACAAUCUCGAUCAAUCCUUUUGUCGAUACUUUGUCAAGGAUAUGGUACAAGCUCGGCCCAGUGUCCACUGUUCUAGCCUUGGUCCUUCUGGAGGAGAUACGUGUGCCAACGGUUAUUAUGUGAAUGAAACCAACAGUGGGGCGGAAGGACUGUCCGAUGGCACCGUAAUUGAGCUCAUGAAAUUUAACAUGCAAGUCAUAUAUCCUACCACCGUCGCAUUUUAUUCAAUUCCGGUGUUCCUUUACAUGCCCUUAUUGUAUGUCAAUGGAAAGGGAGUGGAUUUCCUUCUUGUUCGCUUUUCAAAGGAAUACCCCAACCUGUCGUUCGCCAAUAGACGGAAUGUCGCUACAUACUGUCUUAACGCCUUUUGGACGACGGUCGCAUUUAUCUUGCAGAGCGUCGCAUCGCCCAUGCUAGGUGAACACUACACUUGGGAUCGCAUCGGCGAGGCUCGUAUGGCUGCUGUCAUCAUAUCUGGCUUGUACAUCUACGAACUAAUUUUUCGUACAAGCAUGCGAUGGCCUUUGCUUGUUCAUCAUUUUUGUACUUUGUUUGCAACCAUAUUCAUCCAGAUAGCACUUCAGAUAGCGCUUCACCCGGCUAUAGCAUCUGCCGGGCUCAUCUGGCUGUUCCAAGCUACAACUGAGCAAUCUGUGUUCAUCGGUCUCGUACUUUACCGUCUACGAUUUUCCAUUCAUGUUGUGGCGCCAGUCUUGAGGUCUGCUGCAGUACAGUCAUUCAUUUGUAAGAUCGCGUCAGCAAUCUACUUACUUAUUUGGUGGGGCAUCAAGCUUUCUAAAUUCCACCUUCCAGUCGACGUCGCCCUCAGCGUCAUGCUAGUUUUGCUUAUUCAGUCCUCAUGGCUACUCAAAUACAAGGAUCACAUGCGGUGUGAUGUAUUACAAGGAAUAUUCAUGGACAGCCUGAGCGCUCCAUGCUUCCGGUGAUGAUGGAUCAUUCCUACCGGAGCAAGGAUACUGUCGAUCGUGAACGCGGGAUAUUCGGUCGACAGGUCUCCGAAACCACCUUUACUGCUGAUUGAAGUUUUCCAUCAGCUAAGACAGAGGAUCCGCGAAGCAUUCGAAUGCUUUAUCUACCAGUCCAUUCAAUGAUACUAUCUGUCAAUCAAGAAUCGACUAGUAGUCGGUACAUCGAAACCUGCGUAUGGAUGGCCCAUUUAAUUGAUGAGGGACUAUUGAUUCAACCAGAUACUGAAAACUCGGCCUUUAGAGCCGGCUUCGACACGGUCUUGUUGAUGCUGCAUUAGGUAAAGAUGAUCAAUGGUCGUGUAUUUCAACUUGAAAGCCGUGUCAUUCACUAAGUAGAGACUAUUCAGCAGGAUAUGAAUUGUUUGGUAUAUAGAACGCAGCAGCGUUCCUCCUUAACUUUUUUAGGCG